AUGGAGAUGGAGGUCGAUCCGAGUCCCCAGCGUAGAAGCGAUCGAACUUACGAAGCUCAACUCGAGCGCACCAUUCAAGAGCUGAAAAGCAUUGAAAAGCAGCUGGAGGAUGCAAUCCAACAGUUGAGAUCAGACUCGGCUGUCGGUGCCGACUCCUCGGCCACAGAGUCUGUAGAGAUCAUGACUAAAGCCUUCCAACACCUAGCUGAAUCAGAGCCUAUUCUGCCAUCACCUGGCUCGGUCUUGCCGGCACUGCUGGCGAUGCGACGUGCACACCAGACAAUCCAAGAGUCUCAGGAGUGCGCCGCAGCCCAGGCACAGUCAUUGGAGCAAAUUCAACGUCGGAUAGAGACAGAAAAAGCCAAUCUUUGUGAGCAGGAAGCUCUGAGAACUGCGUUGGAAAACCGUCUCAAGUCCUUACGCGAAGGGCUAGAGGAUGAGGGGGAGAAAAGCGAAGACCAACUCUCAAAAGAACGAAUCGCUGAGUUGAAAAAGCAAAAGGAGCACUGGGACAAGCAAACUUCAACUCUCAUGAAGCAGCUAGAUCAGUUUAUUGAGGAGUAUCUGGGGCCAAUGCUGGCGGCCGAGGAUCUUGGUGGGCCAGUGGUAGGAGACAUGAUUGACAUUAAUCCAAACGACUUGGAAGCAGGGUUUACCACCCACGGUAAACUGAAGAAGACAAAAGGGGAAUCAGACCAGGACAAGCGUCAGAGGAGGAUCGACGAGAUGUGGGCUCCCAUGGAUAGUCAAGGGGAAGCUGGCAAGAAGAGGCCAAGAGAUGAGGCCUCCGCUGCGGCGGCCGAGAUGCGCGAUCUUCUAGAACAGCUCAUGAACAAGCUGAUAGAAGCUCGCGGCGACAACUCAGCCGCGUACGUGGAGUUGCCCAGGGAAUCGGCAGCAGCAAGGUUCCUUGUUCGAUCUAAGGUUGCCAUGUUCGACCCCAAAGAUGCUCGGAAGAUACGACUUGUCGACUUUGGGCGAGAAGUGGAUAGUUAG